AUGUGUAGUACAGUAGUGGGAAAGAAUAUAGUGACAGUUGCAGUUCAAGGCUGCUGUCAUGGAGAAUUAAAUAGUAUAUAUAAAUCACUCAAUAAACAUGUUGAUAUUCUUAUUAUAUGUGGAGAUUUCCAAGCUCUAAGAAAUACGAGAGAUUUGGAAACCAUUAGUGUUCCUCAAAAGUAUAAGAGAAUGGUUGAUUUUCAUGAAUAUUAUAAAGGUAAAAGACAAGCGCCUGUUUUAACUAUUUUUAUUGGUGGAAAUCAUGAAGCAUCAUCAUAUUUAAAAGAACUUAAGUAUGGAGGAUGGGUAGCUCCUAACAUAUAUUAUUUGGGAGAAUUUGGGAGUGUUUGGUAUAAGGGCUUACAAAUUGGAGGGUUAAGUGGAAUAUUUAAUAGAAAUACUUUUUAUAAUAAUGAUAUAGAAGAUGAAAUACUACCUUAUGAUGUAAGUGCUAUACGAAGUGUAUAUCACAUCAAAUUGAAGAAUUUCUUGAAAAUGUACCUUAUGAAUCAUACUAUGGAUAUCUGUUUAAGUCAUGAUUGGCCAGCUUAUAUAUUUGAACAUGGUGAUGUACAUAAGUUGAUCAAACAGAAGAAGCAUUUUAAAUCAGAUAUAGAGAAUGGAUCUAUAGGAAGUCCUUUGAAUAAGUUCUUACUAAAUUAUUUACGUCCGAGAUAUUGGUUCUCAUCUCAUAUGCAUACAAGAUUUGAAGCAAUUGUCAAUUAUGAUAAUGAGAAAAGUUCAUGGAAACAGAAUGUCGAUGAGAUUGAAUUAGAUAUGGAUGAUGAUGAAGUAGAAGAAGUCAGCAAUAGUAAUACAUCAGUUGGAUUUGAAAGUCAAUUACAUAUAGAUGAAAAUGAUGGAUCCAGAAAAUCUAACAAUAACCAAUCAGGUGAAGAAUUGACAUCGGUAAGAUUGAAGUUCCCCCAAGAUCCUCUUCAAACUAGAUUCUUAGCUUUAGAUAAAUGCUUACCUAAGAGAAAGCAUAUAGAAUUCAUUGAUAUUGAGGUUAAUCCUAAUCAUUUAGAUCAUCCAUCAGUUAAAGAUAAACUGGGCUUUUAUUAUAGUAAGAGAGCUGUAGCAAUAAAUAAAGUGGUUGAAGAAUAUAUUAUUAACAAUAGAAAAUCAUUUGAAGGAAUUGAUUGCGGAAGAAUACUUAGAAACCCAAGAACAUUUGGAUUAGUGAAUAUAUUAGCCAAAUUAGUUGACGAGGAGCUAAAAAAGUUAGAAGCAUUACCAAAUGAUACAUUCAAAAUAGAUCCUGAUACUUUCAAGAUUAUAGCUCCGCCAACAGGAGUAAACGAUGUUCCCUUGAAGUAUUGGGAGAAUAAUCAAACUAUAGAGUACUGUAAGAAAUUUGGAGUAAAGUAUACUGGUUUGAAAACUACAAGCACAACAAGUACGGCGCAUAGUUCAAGUGCCCGAGGAACUUCAGGUACUACAUAUACUACAGAUACAGCAAGUACUACAAAUAUAACAAAUGCUACAAGUGCUGCAAGUACUACAGGUUCUACAGAUACAAGUACUCAAUAA